AUGCUGACAUCUGUGGCACUGGCAGCAUAUCCUUUAGCUAAUGUGGCACUAAAAGGAGAUGCCACUCAGUCAUCAACACUUUCUUUCGCUGCUGCCUCCAAAGCCAUUGAUGGGAGACGGAUCUCAUACUACAGCCGUGGGUUCUGUAGUCACACAGCGGAGAAUGAGACCGACCCCUGGUGGAGUGUGGACCUGCAACGUACAUAUAUAGUGACAUCUGUCAAAGUCACCAAUAGAGGAGACUGCUGUGCUGAGAGGCUGGAUGGAGCUGAGAUCCGAAUUGGGAACUCACAAGAGAACAAUGGAAACAACAACCCCAGGUGUGCUUCUAUCCCCCAAAUCAAAGCUGGCAAAACCUGCACAUACUACUGUGAUGGGGGUGGAAUGGAGGGUCGCUUUGUGAACGUGAUUAUCCCUGGAAAGAAGAAGACUCUCACCCUGUGCGAAGUGGAGGUGUAUGCUGUCCCAUCAGUGGAGGGUACAUCAGUAUUCACAUUCCAGUGUGCAGGCAUGGAAGGUCGCUACGUCAUUGUGACCAUUCCAGGAGACUGGAAGGUUCUGACGCUAUGUGAAGUGGAUGUGUAUGCUUCUCUGGCAGAGCCAGAAGUCACUUUUUCUCCUACUACUGCUCCUCCUCCUCCCACUGUGAGCAUUCUCCUGAGUGGCAGGAAUGCGACGGUGGUGGGGAAGAGGCUUUGCUGGUCCGAUGCUCUGUUCUACUGUAGACGUUACUACUGGGACCUGCUUAGCAUUUCCAACCAGGAAGAACAGAGUGAGGUGGAGCAGCUGCUGAACAGCAGUCCUUUCUCCCUCACACAGCAUGUCUGGCUGGGAUUGCGCAGAGACAUCAUGGACGACAGGUGGUUCUGGAUGUCUGGCGAUUCCAUGAAAUUCACUAAAUGGCCGCAAAAUUUGGCACCUCCCCUUUACUCCAAUCCCUGUGGAGGCAUGGCCAGUGGCGAGCUCUUCCUGUGGAAUGACCAGCCUUGUGGUGAGCUUUUCAACUUCAUUUGCCUAUCAGGUAGGGGUUACACCUCACAUCCUGCAUGUGGGGUUUAUCUCCAUACAAAGGAGUUCACACUGUCCCACAUCUCGAAUAGGCUGACAAGAGUGAAAAGCUCUUGCUACAACAUUUGUUCAAAACAGGAAUCAGGAAUGAUGAAACACAGCACCGUGUUUCUUUUGCUACUCCUCUUGGGGACGUGCUCAGCUUACACUCCUCAAAAUGUGGCAUUGCGUGGCAAAGCAACUCAGUCACAACGCCUUGAAGGAGCUUUGGCGGGUGCCAACAAUGCUAUUGAUGGAAACCGGGAUUCUAACUACCCAGCUGGAUCAUGCACCCACACAGUUCAACAGACCAACCCCUGGUGGAGAGUGGACCUGCUGGAGUCCUACAUCAUCACCUCUGUCAUCAUCACCAACAGAGGAGACUGCUGUCCUGAAAGGCUCGACGGGGCAGUGAUUCACAUCGGCAACUCUCUCCAAGACAAUGGUGCUGUGAACCCAAAGGUUGGUGUAAUUUCUCAAAUCCCUGCAGGGAACUCAUUCACUUUAACUUUCACUGAUCGUGUGGAGGGACGCCACGUUACAGUGCUUCUACCUGGUCCAGCCAGGGUUCUUACACUGUGUGAAGUGGAGGUUUAUGGGUACCGUGCGCCAACUGGAGAGAACCUGGCACUCCAAGGAAAAGCCUCACAAUCGUCACUGUAUGGCAUUGCAUAUAAUGCCAUUGAUGGGAAUAAUGGCAACGCUUUGGAACUGGGUUCUUGCACUCACACAAACAACAACAUGAACCCCUGGUGGCGACUGGAUCUGCGCAAAACCCAUAAAGUGUUUUCUGUUAAGAUAACCAACCUCUUAGAUCCUACUUACUCAGGACGACUGAAUGGAGCGGAGAUCCACAUUGGAGAUUCUCUUGAAAAUGAUGGCAACAAUAAUCCACGGUGUGCUGUGAUUACAAGCAUCCCGGCAGGUGCUACUGUUGAAUUCAAGUGUAACAGCAAUAUUGGGAUGGAUGGACGCUAUGUUAACAUCUAUAUCCCUGGAAGAAAGGAGUACCUGAGCCUGUGCGAGGUGGAGGUGUAUGGCUCCAGACUGGACUAGCUUAAAAUUCACUUUUACACAAAUUCACUUGUAUUUAACCAUUACUGUAAUUUGUAGUCAAACUAAUCUGAAUAGAAGAUUAAGCUACAGUUUAUUGCAUUAAAAUGUAAAAACUGUGUGCAAAUGGGCCAAAGUGUGUCUUAGCCAUGGGCAAUUUUCCUGAAAAAAAUAAAUAUGUUUGUGUGCAUUCAAAAA